AUGCAACAAGUCGACUUCAAAACAUGGUCUGCCAUGCCAUCACUCGGAGGAACAAACAUCCGUGGUAAUUCAUUCCAUCGCCAGUCAUAUGCUACCGAAACGGACGAAUCCCUCAGACUGGAUGCUGUACUCUCCCUGCUGUUUCCUUCCACGGUUCAUGUGCAUCAUUCACAACUACUUCCAGGACACGUCCACACCUUACGCCUUCUUGGGCUGUCAAAUGGAACACACCUGCUGUUGAAGGGCUCUCCUUCUUCAAGGACUGCCCUUCUUCGCCGUGAACGGUAUUUCCUUGAGACCGAAGCCCAAUUCCUCGCACUUCUCGGACAAAGUGCAAAUCCUUGUAUCCCUCAACUCUAUCAUUAUGACCCACAUGGAAGACUCUGGGGUUCUGCCUACUUGAUCCGACAGUACAUGAAAGGAAGGAGUUUGUCGGAAAUGGACAGCGACCUUUCUCCCCAGCAGCGAGACGAUAUUGAUCGCCACUUGGGCUUCUUAUUGAGCACGAUAGGUCAAAACGCAGCCCCGGGGUUUGGAUCCUUACAGCAAGUGGCAUAUGGCGCCAGCACGCCCUCCUGGAGAGACGCUUUCUGUACUCUUUUUGAGGGUAUUCUUCGUGACGCCGAGGACACUUUUAUCCAUUUACCAUAUUCGGAGAUUCGACAGGAGCUGAGUCGUCUGGCACCUGCUCUUGAAACUGUCACCCUGCCACGCCUGGUAGUGGUGGAUUUUGGUCGGCCCUCCCACGUUUUAUUGAAUGAAGAGUCCAAACAACUGUCGGGCAUUGUGGACUUUAGUAGCGCUCUCUGGGGAGACGUGUUGAUGGCCGAGAUCUUCGCAAAUCCAUCGCCGGCGGUUUUGCAGGGGGCAGGGAUGGCAUUGUCCAGAACGAGAGAGGAAAAGAUUCGGUUAGCUUUAUAUGCCUGUUACCGGCUGGUCUCACAAAUCACAGUCCAAUACUAUCGAAACCGAGACGAGACAAGCGAAUUUGAUGCCCGGAGGCGAUUGACAACUACCAUUGCGGAAAUGUCGAGGCUUGAAUAA